AUGGCACCCACCACGAUUCGGACGCCGCCUGCGCUCGCAGACUUUAAACCCCUCGAGGAGCACCUCCAACAAACCCCCGAGACAUUCUUCGGCGGAAAGCCCGUUCUCUACUACCAUGCGACCGGCGCAAAGGCCUGGAUCCCCAAGUCGCAGCGCGGCAAGCUGCCCUUCUUCCCGGCCGACCUCGAGACUGCACCUACAGCUCCUGAGGGCGCGGCCUUGCGCGAGGGUGCUGAGGAGGCCGUCGAGCAGAAAGUAGAUCUCUAUGUCAAUUCCCAAAACCUCACAAUAUUCUCCCCUUCCGCUGAAGUCGGCUUCGAGAUCCCGUACCCCGUGAUUAGCAUUCACGCGAUCAAGACCAUCGGCACUGGCGAAACCAAGUACCCCUCCGUCUUCCUCCAGCUCGAGCUCUCUCCCGACGGCGGCGCCGACGACGACGACUUCGAGACUGUCGAGCUUACCCUCAUCCCCCCAACCGCUCCUGCAGGUACUGCUUCUGCUUCUGCCACCGAAGCUGCGCAAACCGAAACCGAGGAGGCAGAAUCAACAAUCGGCAAGAAACAACCUGACAACGAGGCGACAAAACUCUUCAAGGCCAUCACCGCAUGCGCCGACCUCAACCCCGACCCCGCCGAGGGCGAUGAAGAUGAUGAAUACGAUGACAACAGGAUAAUCUUUGAGGGCGACGCCAUCGAAGGGUUCCAGGGCGUGUUUGCGGGGUCAAGCUCAGGAGGUCUGCCGCCGCCGAUGCCUGGUAGUUCCGGGUGGAUCACAGCGGAUAAUGUUCACGAGUACUUUGACGAACAUGGAAACUGGAUUGGUGGCGAGGAGGAGGUUGAGGUUGACAUUGAAGGAGAAGAAGAAGAGGGUGGUGUCAGUGGAGAGCUUGGUGAGGGUGCUGGUACCGUGAGGAGGAGAGAGGAUGUGGAGGGUUCGGCUGAGGGUGGUGGGGAGAAGGAAGAACAGGGAGAGAGCAAGAGGGCGAGGAUUGAUUAG